AUGAGAAAAGGAAAGAAAACUCUUUAAGUUGAAGAGAAUGGCAUUCGUUCUAUUGUUAAUUCAAAUAAAUAAAGUAUAUCAGAUACUAUCUAUGACAAAUUGUCAUACUGUAUUAACUCAGGUUAAAAUAUUACUCCUAAUUAAUUUGCCAGAAAAUGGUUAACUUACAAUUCAACAUUUCGUACAGAUAAUAUUUUGGCUGGUUAAAUUGAUUAAAUUUCAAAAAUAAAUUAUGAUGCAAGAAAUUAAAAUUACAAUUACCAUUUAACGAAUGCUAAUUUGUUGAAAAGUAAUAAUUGGAAUUAUAAGAUUAUGAGUAACUCUAUAUAAUUAAUAAUUAGCUAAAUUUGCAUAAAAUGCAUUAUAAAAGGAUGUAGACACUAUACAUUUGUUAGGUUAUAUGUAAACAAUUUUGUAAGGGUACUUUUCUUAAGCAGAUUAAUCUAUGAUUACAAAAGUUAUACAUUUUGAACAUCUAGGGCCUCUUUAAGCUUUUUUCUAUACAAAAACAGAUAAAAAUAUAAAUCUUUUCUGGGAAGUAGCAAUUGAUAAAAUUCCAAAGAUUGGACGAUAUUCUAAUACUUAAUAAGAAUUAUUAGGUUAUGAUUAUAUACAUACUAUUACAUUCAUAGAUUGUAGAUAUGAUGCCAAUAUUGAUAAUAAUGCUGGAAAAAUUAUUACUUCUUAUUAUUAGGAUGUAUAAAAUGCUAUCCAUAGAUAAGAUUAUUAAUCUGUAAUUACAUCUUCAAAUCAUUAUUAAAUUAAGAAAAAUAAGACUUCGGAAUAUCUAUUUUCAAUUGAAGCUAAUGAUUUAGGUAGUAUGCAUGGGGAAUUGGUAUAUCGAACAAGAUCAAAUGAAAUUAUUAAAUGGUUACCUCAUUCAUUUCCUACUGUUUAUUUGACUAAAUAAGAACAAAAAUCAUUUAUUUUUGAUGAAUCACUAUAAAGAUGGGUUAGUAAAGAUUAUGAAAUCAUAUAAUAAGCUAAGAAAAUGAGAGAAUAUUAAGCAAAAAUUAAUAAAGAUUUAUUAAGAAGAUAUGCUGAUUUUUCAUCAGCAGCAAAACUUGUUGAAUUAUUGUAAAGAGUUCCUAAUUUUAAAAUAAAAUUAACAGAAGAAGAAUAAUAGGUUGUUGGAUCAGAUGGAAAUGUAAUGGUUAUUGGUAGAAGUGGAACUGGAAAGACAACAUGUUCAAUUUUAAGAUUAUUUGCUAUGGAAACAUUAUUUAAAUUAAGAUUAGAAUUAUAUAAAUAGAAACAUGAAAAUGUACUUUAAAAUUAUAAUUAUGAUGAUUAAGAAGUAAAUAAUAAUAUUGGAUUACAUUGUGUAUUUGCUACUGCUAGUCCUGUAUUAACUACAGAAGUAAAAAGAUAUUAUGGAAAAUUAACAGCAUAAAUUAAGGCUGAAUUAGAAAAAAAGAAAUAGAAAGACAGAUUAAAACGUUUAUAAGAAUAAUAAGAAGCUUAAAAAUAAUCAAUUGAUAAUUAAUUUAAUUAAAGUACAGUUUAAUUUGUAGAUGCUAAAUAGGAUGAAGAAAAAUAUUUUGAAUAAUAAAUUGGAGGAAUUUAAUUAUAAAAAGAGUAAGAAGGAUUUUAAGAAGAAUUAAAUGAAGAAGAUUGGGAAUAAGAGGAAGAAAAAUUAAAAUAAGAAUUAAAUGCAUUUCAUUCAUUUGCUGAUAUGAAAGAUUAAGAUUUUCCAGCUUUUCUUACAAUUAAAAAAUUAGUAUUAUUAAUUGAUGGAUCAUUAGCAAAACCUUUCUUUUCUCGUACUUAAGAUAAUAAAAUUAUUAGUUCCGAUACUCAUGCUUAAUGGAGUACUGAAAAAACUGGAGUCAUAUUUAUAAACACUUAUAAAAAAGAUGAUGAUUAGGAUAUUGAAUAUGAUGAGGAAGAUUAUGAAGCCUUAUUUGAAGAUGAUGAAUAAAAUAUUGAUGAUUUGGAUGAAUAAUAACUUGAAGAAGAAUAUUAAAGACAAUUAUAUUUAAUGAAUAAACCUUAAUUAUAAGCUAAAGUUGAUAGUAGUAAAUCUAAACUCUCUUAAGAAGUUGAUUUUGACUUUUUUAUUGAUAACUUUUGGUAUAGCAAAAACAAUAAAUACUAAAAUAGUAAUUUAAAUCCAUCAUUUGUCUGGACUUAAAUAUACUCUCAUCUUAAAGGGGCUGCUGCUAGUCACACAUAUCCAGGACAUUAUUUACCAAAGAGAGUAUAUUUGAGAUUAAAUAAAAAUGAUCAACUUUUUGAAGAUAUUUUUGAAUGUUAUAUUUUAUAUGAAAGAUGGAAGAUUCAACAAGGAUAUUAUGAUUUUAUGGAUGUAGUUAAUCAUAUUCUUGUUUAAUUAGUCUAUGGAAGAUGUAAUCUUAUACCAAUACAUUAUCUUAUGAUUGAUGAAUGUCAAGAUUUACCUCAUGCUGUUUUACUUUUAUUAUGUAAAAUAACUGAAUAAGGUUUAUUUUUUAGUGGAGAUACAGCUUAAAAUAUUGCAAAGGGAGUUGGAUUUAGAUUCUAAGAUUUGAAAUCCCUUUUUAAAAAACCAGAAAUUUCAUACAAUGCUAAAUAAAAUGAUUUGACAAUUCAUUAACUUACAAUCAAUUUUAGAUCUCACAAUAAUAUUUUAUAAUUAGCAAAUAGUUUAGUAUCCAUAUUAGAGAUUUUCUUUCCAAAUACAAUUGAUAAAUUGAAAAAAGAGAGAUCAAAUAUAUCAGGUCCAAAACCAAUAUUAGUAAAUGGUGAUAAAGAAGCAUUGUUUUAUUUAUUAUCAGGAGAAACUACAGAUCAAAAAUAAUAAGUGGGAGAGAGAUUACCUAUUGAAUUUGGUUGUAAUUAAGUUGUUUUAGUAAAGGAUCAAGAAUCAAAGAAAAAUAUUCCUUCUAUCUUAUAACAUGCUUUAGUAUUAACAAUUUAUGAAGCAAAAGGAUUAGAAUUUGAUGAUGUUAUUCUAUAUAAUUUCUUUUAAGAUCAUUUCAUAGGAGAUAGUCAAUGGAAAUUGUUAUAGACAUGUGAUGUUGUGGAUGAGGAAAUUUCUAAAGAGAAAUUUAAAGAUGGUUGUACUUAGCAUUAAACUUUAAAUGAUGAAGCAACCAUUUUUACAGGUUUUGAAGAAAAGAAUGGAAAUAUUAUAAUGAAAAGAAUCAUAACAUAAAACAAAUAUUAUGAUGAAUUAACUUAUAAUUAUAGUGCUUUAUGUAAUGAGAUUAAAUAAUUGUAUGUUGCUGUAACAAGGCCUCGAUAAAGAUUAAUAAUAUAUGAUGAAAAUUAAUAGGCUAGAUAAUAAAUAUAAAAUAUUUGGUAAAAACUUAAUUUGGUUGAUCAUUUUGUUGGAACAAAAGUAGAGGAUAAAAAUGUUGAAAGAUUUGCAAAAUAAACAUCUAAGGAAGAAUGGAAAAAAUAAGGUUUGAAAAUGUUUAGAAAUAAAUAUUAUGAAUAAGCUGAAAAAUGUUUUGAAUAAUCAUAGGAUGAAUUAUUAUAAAUAAAAGCAAGAGCAUUCAAAAUUGCAACUGAAGGAAAUACACUUAUAUAAAAAUAUUCUUAAUAUUCUUCUAGUACUAUGAAGAAGAAGGAAAAAAAAUAGCUUUUAGCAUAAACAAAAUAAGAAUAGAAAUAAAAGUUUACUGAAUCAGCUUAACUAUUCUUAAAAUUACAGAAUUACAAAUAAGCAGCUUAAUGUUAUUAUUCUGGUGAAAUGUAUUAGGAAGCAUUAACUAUUUAUGUUGAAUAGUAAAUGUUUAAUGAGGCUGGAGAAGCAGCAUAUAAAUGUGAAAAGUAUUCUGAAUCAGCUGAAUAUUUCUUGAAAUCUCAUGAUUUUAUAAGAGCAGUAGAUGCUUAUGAAAAAGCUGAGUCUUAUGAUGAUAUAUUUAAAGUACUUCAUUAAUUGAGAGAUAAUAUACCAGUUGAAACUAGAUCAGCAUUUCUAAAGAAAUAUUUGCCAAUUGUUUUAAAUAAGAUGACAAAUUAGAUUGGAUAACUUGAAUAAGUUUAGGAAUAGUAAACAAAAACUCAAGAAAAGAAACCACUUGUUAUAGAGGAAAGUUCUGAUGAAGAAGAAGAUGAUGAUGAUGAAUAAGAAUAAGAAGUAAUUAAACCUUAAUCAGAAUAGAUUAAAAAUGAAGAGUCAAAUGAAUAAUAAUAAUAAUAAUAAUAAUAAUAAUAAUAAAUACUUUAAUAAAGUGAAGAAUAAUAAUAAGAGAAAAUUAUUGAGUUAAGUAGUUAAUUAAUAAAAUCACUUCCUGAUUAAUCAUAACCAUCUAUUUUAGUUAAAUAAGAAAGUAUGAAUAAUAAUUCUGAAGAUUCUUAAUCAUUUUCUGUAUAAAAUACUGAAAGUUUUUAGGUUGAAUAGAAUAAAGAUUAAAAUAGUAAGAUAAUAAGUAUUGCAGAAUCAGAAUCAUUUUAAGUAGAAAAAACAUUAAAUGAGGAAGAUUAGGAGGAAUAGAAUUUUGAACAUUUAUCACACUUUGAUCCAGAAGAUUAAUGGUUAAAAAAUGAUAAUAAAUCAAUUAUUGAAUCUAUUGCAUCCAAAAAAAGUGAACAAUCAGAUUUUUCUGCUUUUUCAUAUGCUUAAAUUUAUACUAAUCCAAAUAUUUAAUUUGUAAAAACAAAAACUGAUAUCUUUAUCUAAGAUAAAAUAAUGUAAUAAAUAAUAAAGUAUAUUUCAAUGUUUUCAGAUGAAUUCAAAUAUUAAUUAUAUAAUUAAAGAAGUAAAUCUGCAUAAUUAAGUAAUAAAUAGAUUGAUUAACAUGAAUUUGAUUAUAUGGUUGAUUUCAUCUUAGAUUUAGAUUUGGUUGAUAUCUCCUUUAUUUAUUUGGUUUUAGAUAUUUUAGAAUAAUUCAAAAAUUACAAAUUAUGCAUAUUUGUUUGUAAUAGAUACAAAUUAGCUGAUCAAUUAGGUAGAUAUUUAGUAUCAAUUGCAACUACUUAUUCACCAAUUGCAUUACAAUCAGCUAGUUUAAAUGUUUAAUAUUUAAUUAAUGGAAAAUAAAGAUAAGCCUAAAUUGAUAAAGGUUUAGUUGCAGCAUUUGCAGUUCAUAAUGUUUUUGAAAAUAUUAAUCCAGAAUUUAUAACAUUAAAAUUUAAUGAUACUAAACUAACACCAUAAAAUUCAUUAGGUUUAGAAUGUUAUUCUUAAUUACUUUUAUUAGGAUUUUGGAAAAAGACUGCUUAUUAAAUGGAUGUUUAAAAUUCAUUAUUAGUUUGUAAAUUAUUUAUGGAUUUCAAAAAUUGGAGAUUUAUUUAUUAUAGCAAUUUAACACAUUAAGUUACUAAUAAAAUUGUAGAAAAUGAACAAAAUGAUAGAGAUUUAGCAUAAAUCUUAUAAACAACAUUAUUAUUAAUAUAAAAGAAGCUUGAUAUUUGUUUCUCAACAAUGGUAAGAGGAGUUGAUAUGUUAAUAUUUUCUUAUCCAAAAGAUUAAUAAGAAAUGGAUUUUGCAAUCAUUACUUUAGAGUAAUAUUAUAGUGAAUUAAUUACACAACUUGUUUUAAAUCAAAAGGCUCCAUAAGCUUUAUUUUAUAGAGCUAAUACUUUAGACACUCAAAAAACUAUUAAAAUUGAAAUAACUCCAAAGUAGAAUCUACCUAAAAUGUAUUCAUUGAGUGAAGAAGUACUAAAUUGUUUAAUAAAUAAAAUAGAAGUUCCUGAAGAUAUUUUAAAUAAAAUGUCUGAUAUUGUACUUGAUUACAAGAAUUAACAUGAUGAUUUAGAAAUUUAUCAAUCUGUAUUCCUACUUUUAUUUUAUUUCUAAUAUGUUGUACAUAAUUAAGGAUAAGUUAAAACAACAUCUUGGAUCACUUCAUUAGAUGUUAAAACAUAUUCUAAAUUAAUUAGAUCUUUUAGAUUUAUUAAUAAAGUAUUGAAUACAAAUGAAGAUUGCUUAUAAAGGUUAUAAAAGAUUUUUACUAGAAGUGUAUUAUUUUACUUUAAAAUAAGAUAACCAGAUAAUGUUGCUUUACUCAAACCAUAUUGUAAUUCAUUAAUAAUUCAUCGAUCAUCUGUUAUAAUAUAGAGUUUAAUUGAAAAUAGACAUAGUUUAUAAUUAAAAGGAAAUAAAAUUGUUUUAGAUGAUUAUUAUUUUGUAGAUAUUGAUUUUGAAUUCAUUAGUGCUCCAAGAUCUUCUGUGAUGUAUUUGAUCACUAAAAAAUUAAGCAAUGAAUUAAGUUCUGUCAAUUUUUUAAGAAAAAAUAUUUUUAUAGAAUAUCAUUUUGAUCAAUUGUAUCCACAUGAAUAUGAAGAUCAUUUUGAAAAUUUGAGUAUCUAUCUUUAUAACAAGUAAAAGUAAACUUAUUCACUUAAUAAAACUUAAUAAUUAAGAGAGAACACUAAUUUAUCAACAGUAGAUGAUUGGAUUAAGAAGGAAUAAUAAUAAAUAUAUCAAAAAAUAUCAGAAGACUUUAAAAUGAAACAUGGAUUUAAAGUUGAAAAAAUAGAUGAUUAAAUUGAUGUUAAAUUCUUGUUUGAAAAACAUAAAGGUCCAUUUAAUCAAUAAAUUUAUCUUUUAAAAAAUCCAUAUUUAAAAUGUUUAUCAUCAGAAUCUAGAUAUUAUAUAACAAAUUGGGCUUUAAAAAAGAUUAAUAAAUAAUUCAAUGAUUCAUAAACAUUCCAUUGUGCAAUGGUAAAAUUUAUACUCUUAUUAAAUUAUGCUGAUAAUAAUCACAUCACUUAUUAAUAUUUAAAUCAUAAAAUUGAAUAAGGAUAAUGUGAUAAAUAUGAACCUUAUCUUUAAUAUUUAGAAUGUUUAAUAUGUAAAAAGUUUAAUGUUAUAUCUGAUGCAACAGAACUUUACUUUUCCUACCAAGAAGUAAGAUAGGAUUUAAUUACUCCAGAUGAAUAAUAUUGUCAAUUAACAUAUUUAUUUAUAAAUAAUAUAGUUGGAUAUUUACUAAGAACUAAGAAUAAUUGUCAAAUCAAAAUUCCAAAUAGAUACUUUAUUUAUUUUGAUAAGAUUACUUAAGAAAAUGAAUAGUCAUAUUUAUAUGAAACUAACUUUCAUCCUGUUUAAAAUUAGGAUGCUCUAGCAUAAAUAAUAGAAUAAUUGGCAGAAUUAUAAAGAAAUUUACCUUAAAUUUAUAGUUUUAAAAUAAUGUUGCUAAUCUACACAUUAGUACUAAACUUAAAUGAUGUUAAAGUAAAUGUAAUAAAUAGUAUUAAUUAAAUCAUUAAUGAUCUAACUAUUUAAGAGGAUUUAGAUUAAUAUAAUUAAAUUAUGAAAGCAGUCAAUUUACCUUAAAAAUAAAGAGCAGAUGUUCUAACUAUUAAUUCUAAUGCUAUCAAAUUAUUCUUUGCAUAAGAUGUUAGAUUAUACUCAUUAAAUGUUGUAAAUAAAUUAACAGAUUAAACUAUUGAAGCUGCAUAUUAAAGUUGUUUAGAUGAAUGGUCAAAUUUAUAAAAGAAAAGUGAAAAUUUAGAAAAGUAAACAAAGAAAAUAAUUGCUGCAUUCAAGGAAAAAAAGAAAGUAGAAAAAUUCUUUAAACCAUAUUAAUUUGGAUUAGGUGAGUAUUAAUUGCCAAGGAAACUAAAAACAUCCAAAUAUGUUGAUAUAAUUAAUGAAUUUUCAAGAGUCAGAAAAAUCUUAUUAUCUACAUUUUACUCAAUGUUAUUGACAAAUUCAAUUGAUUUCCACUUUAUUUCUUAAAAAUUGAAACAUCUUGAACAAAAAGAAGAUGAAUUCUAUUGUUUAUGGAGAAAAUACUAUUCUAAAAAGAUGGUUAAAUAAGAAUUUAUUGAUAAUUAUGAUGAAUAAUAUAAGAAUGUUUCAAUAAUAAUUGAUACUUUAUUGGAAUGGCAAAGAAAUAAUGUGACAUUUGAAUAAAAUGCUAAUAAAUUACUUGAAAGAAAUAGAAAAUUAUUAGCCUUAAAAUGGAUGAAUAAUAAAGCAGGUCUUGCAUUAUAAAAGAUUCAAAAGAGAAAAAAGGGAUUAAAGAGAUAAAAGUUAUAAGAAUAGAAGAAAUUAUUUAUGAAACUAUUCUGA